AUGAACAAUAAGACCCAGACUAUGGACAACGAAUAUGGUAUUUCCAAUAUCGAGGACCUGGAGCGUCGAAUGUUCAUCAUUGCUACCUCAUCAUUCAGCCUGAUUGCUUCGUUUGUCAGCUUUGCCCUGAUAUUAUUUGACAACUGGAAGAUAUCUAAUGGAGACCGACCAGUUGAUGGGGAUAACUGCAAGACCUCAGCCCAAGUUGUCUGGACCAUAUCAUGGAUCAACGCGUAUAUGCUUCUAGCUUUGUGUCUAACUUUCAUCUUGAGAGGUGUCAUACCGUCAAAGAACUUUCCGAAGGGCAUAUGGCUUGCCCUGAGUUGUGGGUGUGGAAUAUUUCUCCUACUUAUACUAACAUGGAUACCAUCUGCCGCUAAACCAAAUACGAGCAGCAAAUGUUCUGCAGAGCCGUCCCAGUGGCUCAAGGGUUGGGCUGAUAUUGCCACUGGUUUAACCAUUUCUCCACUACCAUUUUUCGUAACAGCUCUACGCCAUCACCCAUCUCAAGCUUCCGGGCUCGUCUCUUCGAUUUCAAUUCACAUUUUUGGCUUCGCUAAUUCUGCUUUGUUCCUUAUUCUACGUGGCCCACGGGACGUUCUUUCGGUUUCAUCAGACGGCCAGGUAUGGGAUAAACGAAGCACAUGGAGUAGCUUUGGGGGCGCAGAUUCCGGUAUAGUUGAAGUAUACCGGCCUGAACGUGUUGAAAAGAAGACGAACAGUAUUCCACUGAAGAAAACCAUCCCGAAGGAGAGGCACGCCUCUAUACCCAAAACCGGCUUAGGACUAUCGAGAACUCUAAAACUUAACAACGGGGAAUAUUUACCUCGAAAGGACUCAAAAACCGAUUCUGUCGGCCAACCACCUUCACAUCGAAUAGCUACAUCAGAAACAAGAGGUAGCUUUAUGAAGGAAGCGCUGGUGAUGCCUAGCAACGCUUCAUACCACAGCAACGAUAUAACGCCUGCUACAUACGGCUCCGAAACGGUCAUGCCUCAGACUCCAAGGCUAGCGUUCAACACACCAGUCCACCAUUCUCCAAUGUUUAGCCCAGCCGUUGCACCUACUGAGUUAUAUCCACUGAGCUACGGGACAUACCCAAUGAAUCUCCGGUUAAAUGUGUCAACUCCAGCUUUACUAGGGCCUAAUUCUUCUCAUAAGCCACUAAACAUGCCAUCAACACCAACUCUCAAUAGAUCAGGAAGCCUCCGAAGGUCUCUAGAUUCUGCUUUACUGAAACCCCCUUACCCAAAUUCAAGGAAUAACCUCCAUUAUCACUCUAAUGAGGCUUAUAAGUUCGAGAACACUCCAACAUAUCCUGCACCCCCUGGGCAGGUCUAUCUGCAGCAAUAUGUGGCUUCACCAAAACCAUCUACUUCCACAUACGCGUCAAGUACACCUCGACGAAUGGCAGAUAAGAUGCUUCCUCCCAUUCCACCGCAGGACCCUCAACAAGUACUGUUUGAAGCAGCGAUGCGAUUAAGAGAUAGCAAAACUAGCGCUAGUGCUUAUUCUGCACAGUGGCACCAAAAUGGCCAUCUAUCCCCUCUUCCUCCUACUUAUCAAUCUUCGCCUUGGAUAUGA